ACAUAUAUGUGCAUACUCCUCGCCCCUCGUAUCAGAAUUGCCAGUCUCCCUCCUUCACGCUUCUCUCGUCGACUUAUAACAACACCACCGUCUCCGCUUUCCAUCGCACUUCGUUGAUAUCAUCCACCCAAUCCUCUUCCUCGUCCUUUCCUUCUUCACAAACUGCGAAGAUAGACCUGUCCUUUCACUUGAAUUUCAUUUUUCAGUCAAGGCGCUUACGAUUUUGAGCCAUGGCUCUUCUCACUGUCUCCAACCUCCAUUCGCACACUAGCCCUCCACUAGAACACUAUUAUAGUCUUCAAGGACUUUCUACUUUCCCAUACCGCAUCAUGAACCCGCCUGAUCCUGGUGCACCGAGGAUUAGAAGUUAUCGUGACAUACUCCUCGGCAAGCAUUCACCUCCGCUUAGUUCAACGGACUUUGAGAAUUUUCUGACGUACGUCGAGGCGGAUGAUCCGCAGGGUGGUGUUCAGAACUUAUAUUUCGUCCUCUGGCUAAACCAAUACGCAAAGCAGUAUAAUGCUUGGGCAUCCACGCUUUCCAGAACAGCCGUUGCUUCCAGCGUAACCAAUACAAAUCGAACAGGCCGAACGGAUAGAUCGAAUGACACAAUGUCGGCGGGAAGGUCACACUUCAGCAGUGUGACCGAGUCUUCCAGUAGGCCCAAUAGGUGGAGUGGUGCUGCUCCUGGAGGUACUAGCCUCACAAGAUCGGACGGAGGGAGCGGCAUGAGGAAUCCGGCGGUGAAAUUCGAGAUGGGGGAGAGACCCCUGAAGGAGAUCUCUGAGGAGGUUGAGAUGGAUGAUCUGGUGGGCGCCACUCAUCUGAAGCAACGACCACCUCAGCACCUUCGAUCGGCCACUGCAAAAAUACGAGAAGAAUGCGAUGCCGAAUUGGGGAACCCGAUAAGGGCUAAAACUUCCGCUACGCCUUCCAAGACGUUGGCCUACAGCUGGUUCAGAGCGAAGAGGGUCUUUUUCUUACCCCGCGUCGCGGAAGGUUCUCAUUUUACGCCUGCUACGAAUCCGGUGUAUAGAUCUCAUUUGAGACUGAAGGUUCACCCGGAGUUACUCUACCCGCUUAUUGCGGACGAAGUUGAUGGAGGUGAUGGAGGUAGGAUGAGAGGACAUGUUCACCCAAGCCCGGCACGUUUCGAGCUGAUCAAGAAGGAGGUGGAGAAGCAGUUGGAGAAGAGUUUGGAGAGAUUCAUUGAUGUUUCGUUUACGAACACUGGAAACUUUCGAGGAGCAUUCGGAGCCUCCCUUUCUGCCCUAUGGAUCGUCGCUGCGUUCAUGUUUCUACUGGGAUAUCUGGUUUGGGGUAAAGGCUUCUCGUACCAACUCGCCGCCUUGGCGUGUUUUUGGUGGGGCGUUUGGGGUGUGUGUGUGUGCAUGAAUGGGAUCUGCUUUUGCCUGUUCUUGUUUGGUCACGCGAGGCAGUUUUUUCCGUGGGAGAUCGAACAAUGUAAAGUGCCUGUCCCCGGUCACCCUCUAACCACCAACAAUUCAGAGACGAAAGCGCAGGAGAACGGGGAAGAUGAUGCUCUUGCUACCAGAGUCGACAUGAUACAGGCAGCAGACGCAUCUGGGACGCUCGUUCCCCUCACGAUUCCGUCACGCUUUGGCAGGAUAUUCGCUAGGGAUGUACCAGGGCACGAAGGCGGCAAAAGCGGGGGUCUGCUGUGUGCUGCGGUCGGUGCCGUUAGCGGUGCCCGAGAUGUACAAGACGACGAAGAAGCUCAGCUGAGACUGGAACGCAAGAGGGAAGCUGAGGAAGCCAAGGAGGAUGCGGAGCGCAAGGCGGAACUACAAAGAAUCAAGGAGCAUCUCCACGCACUUGAUUGGACUCGUAGCAGGGAUUCGGACCUGGGAAGCCAUGAUGAACCGUCCAGCGGGACGGAGGAUGCUGACGGGAGACGGAGUACCAAGAGAUUGGACAGGAUCCAUAUUUCAGAAAGUUACUCUGAGGAUUUCUCCCCUCCUCAGUCCCCUGUGCAGGUUUCUAUCGAUGGAGGUUCAAGCACGGAAGAGAAGAUCAAGGAGAGUGGCGAGUGUCGCACAGGGGAGGAUAUCCAUAUUGGGAUGGAAGAUCUGCAAGAGAGGAACGAGAUUGGUUCUCAGUCUUGCGUCCACUCCAUUCCGUCGAGCGGAGUUGGAGUUUUUGCUAGGGAUGAGAUGAGCGUUGGGUGGCCGGGCUCAUUGAUCGAAACGUCUUCAAGGAAAUACCCCACCGCUUUGCCAUCCACUGUUACUCGUGCCUCCCGUCAAGAGCUGAUCCGAUCAUCCCAGCGCCCCCACUUUGCCGGUGGUAACACGACUGUUACCGUACCCAUCGACACAGUUGAACCACAACUUCUGCCACAUGACCACGCUCGUGUAGGAUUGAAGGUGGAUAAGGGUAGAAAAGACUGGAGGGAGAACAGGAAAAGGGAGAAAACUAUCGUCGACCUCCCAUUUUCGUUUGAGUCCUUACCAACGCAACCUCCGCCCAAACAUCUAAUAAGAUCGAGGAGGGCUAUCCAUUUCACAGCACCGAUGACUUCUGUUCAGCAAGUGAGUGAAUCGGGACUUUGUUCAUCGUUGGCGCUGAGCAGUCUUACUUUGCCUCUGAAGUGUCCCCUUGUUGUAAGAGCUCAUUGGGAGAUUAUCAUGCGUAGUUUUAUAUGGUCAUUCGCUAUCUCUUUUGUUGCAGAGGCUAUUUGUCUUGCCUUCGUCCUCCCGCUGCACGGGUGAGGGUUUUUGGGUUUUAUCUAACAUCACAUCACUAUUAGUGACCUGUUCUGUUCCGACCACGCUCUUUUCGAUCACAUUCAUCAUGGCUGGCUGCUCUACUGUGCCCCGACUGCAUUAAUUGCACAGUAUCAUCCCUCGUUCCAUGGACACCCAUCUCCGAUACGUGCAAUAUCCCCCAUCACAGCACGCUCACCGUUGGCAGAACCUUCAUUCCAUGUGUCAUAUUCUUUUGAUAAUGGCGAAUCUUUGCUGAGAGGUUCUUCUUUGCCUCUUCCUUGGUUUCUCGGGGUGGAAGUAUAACGUCCGCCCAUGAUAAUGUGGUUCUGGGCGCUUCUCGAUUCACAGUAUGAUCAGUCAGUUGGUCCGCUCAACCCGAUAACUUUCCCCUCGGCCACCUAAAGAAUUUUCUCAAUCGUUGAGCUUCUGACUGAACUAUCAAGGAGCCGGUGAGGUGCAGCCCAUUGAG